UUGGUUGUUAUGGUAAACAGACUGAUAUCCACUCCUAUUAUCACAUUUGAUUAAUACUCCUCUCAAUGUCCAAGACCAAAAGAGAUAGGAUUAAGGUCAUUUUGAUGGGCUAACCUAGUUAUUUAGAGAUUAUUAUUUUGCGAUAAUUAAUUUCAAAAUUAACUAUUCCUGCCAUAUGAGAUAACAUCGAUGGUGAUGCAAUUAUUAAGAUUCUUUCAAUUGCAUGAAUUUUUACCUUUUUAAUUAUUUUUAUCUCCCCAUAUUUCCUUCACGUAAAAAAUAAAGUUUUCAAACAAAAACUUUGAGUUAAUCAAAUUUCAAUAAAAAUAUGGGAAAACAUAAAAGGAACCUCAAGGGUCAUAUCUAUCUACUCAAAGGCCCCCAAAAACUUCCAUUACAUCAUUUCCCACCAAACUUGUACUAUUACAAACACUAGCACUUUUCCUUCUUCUCAAAUUCAUACUCUAAUAAUAACUUACUGUUAAUCAAAUUCCAAUGGCCGAUUCUGAGUUUCCUCACUCAUCAUACUCAGUAACAGCAACCAUCGAGACUCCCGAUACGCUAUUCCACAAACGACGUCGUUGUUUCUGCUUCCCUUCUACAAACCAAUUAACAAGAACCAUUAAGUUUGACUACUGGUGGCACAGGCUCCGUAGCACAGCAGUCAACGAAGGAUCUGUGUGGUCUAAAGGAAUCAACGCCUUGAAGAAGCUUCGAGAAUGGUCGGAGAUCGUCGCCGGACCUAGAUGGAAGACUUUUAUCCGGCGAUUCAAUCGGAAUAAAAGCGGUAGUAGCAGAAGCGCGAAAUUCCAAUAUGAUCCUUUGAGUUACUCGCUGAACUUCGAUGAAGGGAGAGGCAAUAACGGAGAAGAGGAGGAGGAAUUGGUACUCAGAAAUUUCUCGACGAGAUACGCAUCGAUUCCGGCGUCCGGUAAAGUGAACAUGGACGAGGGGCCCGGUUUCGUUUGACUGAUAUUUGCCGGUACGCGAAUUAAAUUAUCAUUGGAGACGGAAUGAGAUAAAGUACAUUAAGUUUACGACAAAAUUUAUACUGCAUUAGAUUGACGAUAUAUUACAAUAUCAUCUAUCAAAAUGUAGUAUAAAUUUAAUUCUGAAAUAUUUCAUGUGUAUCCAACGAGUGAUUAGAAGUGGUGGGGACUAGAAAAACAGACAGGUCAUCUCAUAAAAGAUAAAGAAGGUGCGUGCAAGUUUUCUACUUUUUUGUUGGUAUAAAAAAUUAUUUGGGAUUGGUGUGGUCUUUUUCUUUGUUUAAUAUUUUACUGUGUGCUGUAUAUAUUGUUUUUGUCUUUAUGGACUGUACAUAGGAUUUCCAUUUUUUUUUUUCGUGAUGGAUGUAAGUUUCUUUAGAAGUUGGUGUGAUGAUGGUCGAUACUUGGUGGUGUUUGAAUUUGAAGAAUAAUAUUGAGGAUUAAUUGUGUGUUUAAA